GGCUCACAGACUGACUGGUGAAGUUACUGCAUAGCAGAUAAGGACCCCAGACCUGCAGAAUCUAUCUGAAUAUCUCUGGAUCCGAAUAUUUUGGCUAUUCUGUUUUAUUUCUGUGUGAUUUUUAUUCCUUUAUUCGGAAUAUUAUUUUCGGAAGGAUGUAGGUAGAUCGCAGUGCGAGAGAUUCCACAUACCGCUAGUCGGAGAAAAAAAGAAGACAGAAAAAAAAAACAGCAGAAAAAGGCGACAAGCCCUGCGCAUCAUGACAGAUGGACUAUCUAAAUCCUCGCGCAGCACCAGUAACCUUUCCGAGGGACUUUUACCUCUAACGCGGCUAAUAACCCAGUACUGUGUACCAUAAUCUGGAAAUAGCAUUUAGGCCAAACUCAGAAAACACUGCAUUGCCGCUGAAGGAUGAAAAACAACGGCAGCACUUCCGCAGUCCUUCGCAAGCAGAAGCAUUUCCAAAACAAGUUUGUCUGUCUUGUCUGACUGACUUGCUUGGAAGUUGACACAAAUAUUAGUAUUUCUCUCUUGAGUGUUGAUUUUGAAUAUUUAUUUUGAAAAUAUAAAUAUAAUCUUCCGUCUCAGCAACUGUGUGUGACAUAUGGUCCAAACGUAACAGGCACUGACUACACCUGUGCCCAGUCAAUAACAGGUUACCCCUAUGUAAAAUGGAGGAUAGUUUUGAUUGCGAUUGUGGUGAGCUUGAGCCACCCGAUUGUUGAGGGCCAGACUACUCUGUGAAGACUAAAAGGCAAGACACCAUUUUUGGAUGAGCGGUGGUUUCAACAGGAAGAAGAUUUGAGUAAAUACACACAAAAAAAAAAAAAAAAAAAAAUAGAAUUUAAAAUUGUAGUUCUUUUUGGCGCAAUUGUAAUCAAUGCAGCUACACAGGAUGAGUCUAUCACUGAAUGUAUCUGCACUGUGAGGAUGCAACAAGAUGCUGUUGUAGUUUUUGAAUUGGCCUCUUGAGUUCAUUCCAUUAUUGCUGGCUGUUAAACACUAUAAACGUUUAAAAACGGUUUAAUAACCGGAGAAGCGGCAAAAACAACAACAAAAAACAGAUUUUGAAAAAGUAAUUCAUAUUAGGCCUGGAAAAACUUGCUCCAUUUGUCAAACAAACAUGACUUUCUACUCUGGUUGUGAGUCCGAGAGCCGUGUGAUUCUGUGAGGGUUAGACAGGGGGAAACAGUAGUCUUCUGUGAGGGUUAGACAGGGGGAAACAGUAGUCUUCUGUGAGGGUUAUACCAUCCACAUUUUCUAUUUUCACAAUGUUACACACCAGGCAAGACCUCCUAUAGCUUAUUACCAGUCAGUUUGUCCAUUUUGUAUUGAACAACCCCCAAAGUCAAUCGCAAACUUAGUCAAAACACCAAAUCCAAGAUGGCGGAGAAGUUUGAGUCUCUGAUGAACAUCCACGGGUUUGACCUGGGCCCACGUUACAUGGACCUGAAGCCUCUGGGCUACGGAGGGAACGGCCUGGUGUUCUCAGCCAUCGACACGGACUGCGACAAACGAGUGGCGGUGAAGAAGAUCAUUCUGACGGAUCCUCAGAGCGUCAAACACGCCCUGAGAGAGAUCAAGAUCAUCAGGAGGCUGGACCACGACAACACCGUCAAGGUAUUUGAGACCCUUGGGCCCAGCGGUCGUCACCUAACAGAGGACAUAGUCUCUCUGACAGAGGUGAACUCUGUGUACAUCGUCCAGGAGUACAUGGAGACCGACCUGUGUCAGCUCCUGGAGAGGGGUCUACUCUCUGAGGAUCACGCCAGACUCUUCAUGUACCAGCUGCUGAGAGGCCUCAAGUACAUCCACUCUGCCAACGUACUGCACAGAGACCUGAAGCCUGCCAACUUGUUCGUCAACACAGAGGACCUGGUGCUGAAGAUAGGAGACUUUGGACUGGCCCGGAUCAUGGAUCCUCACUACUCACACAAGGGUCAUCUUUCUGAGGGCUUGGUGACUAAAUGGUACCGGUCUCCUCGCCUGCUGCUCUCUCCUAACAACUACACCAAGGCCAUUGACAUGUGGGCUGCCGGAUGCAUCUUCACUGAGAUGCUCACUGGGAAAACGCUCUUCGCAGGAGCCCAUGAACUGGAGCAGAUGCAGCUGAUCCUGGAGUCCAUCCCUGUGCUGAGAGAAGAGGACAGGCAGGAGUUACACAGUGUUAUCCCCGUCUUCAUACACGGUGACAUGUCCCAGCCGCACAACCCACUGGCCAAGCUACUGCCCGACGUCAGCCCACAGGCCCUGGAUUUCCUGCAAAAGAUCCUGACCUUUAACCCCAUGGACCGUCUGACAGCAGAAGAAGCCCUAGCCCACCCUUACAUGUCUGACUACUCCUUCCCCCUGGACGAACCCGUCUCGCUGCACCCCUUCCACAUAGAGGAUGAGGUGGAUGAUAUCUUACUGAUGGACGAGGGUCACAGCCACACCUGGGACAGCAGGUACCGUGACAGCCAGCUUUCAGAAGGGGACUGGCAUCUCCACACCCACAGCAUUCUGGACACUGACGAGGUACAGGUGGACCCUCGGGCUCUGUCUGACCAAACUGACGAGGAGGAGGUUCAGGUGGACCCUCGUAAGUAUGCAGACGGAGACCGGGAGAUCCUGGACGAUCCUUCCUACGGCUACUCCUCCCUCUUCACUCCCGAACGCUCGUGGCCCGACCCCGAUGACGAACACUUUGACCUUCACCACGAGAACAAGUACUGUGACCUGGAGUGUUCCCACACCUGUAACUACAAGGUGGUGUCUCCAUCCUACCUGGAUAACCUGAUCUGGAGGGACAGCGAGGUCAACCACUACUACGAGCCCAAGCUCAUUAUAGAUCUGUCCAACUGGAAGGAGCAGCAGAGUAAAGAGAAACAGGCUCAGGCUGCAGGCAGAGACAAGGAGCACAAGGCCCAGAAGAGUAAGUGUGAGAAGAACGGCCUGGUGAAGGCUCAGAUGGUUCUACAGGUAGAGAAGAGCCCGGUGGAGAAGGACUCCCAGCAAGAGAAGAACCAGACCCAGACUACUCAACAGAAUCAAGGCUUUGACUUUGACUCCUUCAUCGCCGGCACCAUCAAACUGAGCCUGCGAACUGAGCCCAGCGACGUGGGACUCCUGGGGGACGUGGGCCUCCUGAGCGAGGUGGGAGUGGGCCUCCUGAGCGAGGUGGGCCUCCUGAACGAGCUCAACUCGUCUGUGUCCCAGCUGGAGGCUCCGCGGUCAGGCUCCAUGUCCAAAACCAUCAGCCAGGAGAAGGAGGAGAAGUGCCUGGUGAACUUUGCUCAGGUCAGCAUCACCGUGGGGACCGCUGGGUCUGGGGCACGUCCCGCACACCCCUGGGAGAGCUUCGGAGGAGGGGAGAGGGUGGAGGAGCGGAGAGGUGGGUGUCUGAUGGACGGGGCGGGGCGCUGGGACGUUGGGAAAGAGGAGCAGCUCCAGAAGGACAGCUGCUACACCAGCUACCUGGACAGACUGUUCAGCAGGAAGGACGAGGGCAGCGGGGAGAGUGCUGCUAGCGCCGCCGACACCCCAGAACCUGAGCCCUCGGAUGUGGGAGUGGAGAGGGAACGGGACGAGGGGGGCUUCCUGGCGCGGAGCGGAGAAAUCAUGUUUAACAUGCAGCUGGACUCUCUGGCGCUGCCGGGAUUCGAUGCUACGACCGACGUGCCGCUCAAAUCCAUCCAGGCCUCCCUCGCUCCCUCCACGGUCAAAUGCUCGCCUCAGAUUGCCCACACAACCUACAGCAGCUUCUUCAAGCAUCUGAAUUAAAAAAAACAAAUGAUACAAUACCAUGUUCCUCACAGUGCAAGAUCUCUAGGCUGGUUCUGUUCUGUUGUCCUUGUAUUUUAUUUCAUUAUGAUAGUGAUGUUAUUUUACUUGAAUCAUUUCAUACCUUAUUGUAUGGCUCCUUUUUUUUAAAUAUAAACUUUUAUUUGUAUUAUUAUUAUUUUUUAGUUGUUGUAGGAGUUAAAGGUAAAAUAGACUGGGUUGAAAGUUGCUAGCAGAUCAAACAUCAGAGUUAUUACCUCCAGGGUCACUGACCCUACCUGAGUUGAUCUCCCCAAUUAUCCCUCAGCAUCCACCAACUGGCAGCAUUUACACUGCACACUGAGUACUGUAGACUAAAAGGAGAGGAGAGAAGGAAUGGGGAAGAGAGAAGGAAGGUGGAGAAUUGGAUAGGGGGAGAUAUAUGGAGGGAUAUGAGAAGUGGUGCGAUGCUAAGCAGAACAGCCCUGUUGAUCCUGCAGCCUUCCCCCUGAGCUCAUCACUGAUCUAAGACCUGUGGCUGAAUAAGUGAAAGGAAGGUUUGCACCCUAUCACUUAAACCAAUCAGACCCUCUCAGAUCAGUCAUGUGGUCAACACAGGAAGAGGUGUAUAGAAAUCACAGCUUUGUAUCUGUGCCAUUCUGGUGUCUGUGACAGCAUGGCCAGUGCCAUUGAGGCUAUCUCCAUUUUAAAGUAGUAUAUUUUCUUCUUCUUUUGAUGUUUGAAGAGUGUAACGCUAAUAGUGGUGACUUUACCGCCACCUGCAGUCUUCGAGUCUUGAAACCAAAUCGUGUUAUUCAUUUAUUGUGGCCACUAGAUGGCGGUCAUUUAGCUUAAAGCCAUUUACAAACUAGGCAAACCAAUUUGAAGAAGACAAAUGCUCUGCUGAUCGCUCCCAACCCAUAGGAAUCCCCACCCAGUUCAAUACUUUACAAUGGUGGAAGCCCUCAAUGGAAAUGUCCAUGCAAAAACAGGUUAUUUCCAAGUAAUGUUCUCUACAUCUCCAUGGGAGUAAGGAUAAAUAUCUUAACAGAGCCAAUGUGAGAAGAUGGGAGGGCAUUGUGAACUAAAGGAGAGAGGUGUAUUGUGGGAGACGUAGUCAUACUGACAUCACAAUCGCUGUAGGUCUUUUCACUAGGGAGGGGGGGGGACAGGCUUUUCUUUUAAAAAAAAAAAGAGGUUUUAUUUGAAAAUGUACUUUAAUUAUUUUUACCAAGUGUUUAAUUUAUUUCUGUAUAAUUUCCUAAAAGAGGCUUCCUGAAACCCCCUCAUUUCAUACUGUAGUUUGUUUGACACAUGAUGCCAGCAGCGAACCAUUACUCCUGGACCUUUUGUGAAUGUGUUAUCUACCUCAAGGUAACAGCAGCGAGAGACAUUCGAAGCCGCACUAGUGCUUACACACACACACACACACACACACA